AUGGACAUAGACAGGACCCUUGAAAAGUGUGGUAUUGUCUCUGUUCUGUCCAUUAUUAGUGAGCAGUCUGUGGACACUCCAGGAACAUUUACAGGAAAACACAUGCCAUCUAAUAUGAGUCGUGACUCUCAACUGGUCCAAAGCAGAUUCAAAUCAGAUCUGCUGAGUAAGUUUGAGUGUCUGUAUGAAGGAACAGCGACGCAGGGAAACCCAACUCUCCUGAAUGAGAUCUACACAGAGCUCUACAUCACAGAGAGUGAGAGUGGAGAGAUCAAUAAUGAGCAUGAGGUGAGACAGAUUGAGACACAAUCCAGGAGAGCAGCCACAGAGGACACAGCCAUCAAAUGCAAUGACAUCUUUAGACCUUUACCUGGACAAGAUAAAGUCAUCAGAACUGUGCUGACAAAGGGAGUCGCUGGCAUUGGAAAAACAGUCUCUGUGCAGAAGUUCAUUGUGGACUGGGCUGAAGGGAAAGAGAAUCAGGACAUCCAGCUCAUAUUUCCACUUCCUUUCAGAGAAAUCAACCUGAUGAAGGACAAAACACUCAGUCUUUCAGAUCUUCUUCAUCUCUUUUUCCCUGAAACCAAAGAGAUGAAAAUAUCCAUUGGUGAAUAUAAAGGGUUGUUCAUCUUUGAUGGUCUGGAUGAGUGUCUCCAUCGAGUGACAGAGGUACGAGGCUUCAGUGAUCCACAGAAAGAGGAAUAUUUCAGGAAGAGAAUCAGAGAUCAGAGUCUGGCCAAUACAAUCAUCUCACACCUGAAGUCAUCAAGGAGCCUCUACAUCAUGUGCCACAUCCCAGUGUUCUGCUGGAUCUCAGCCGCUGUUCUGGAGAAGAUGUUGAGUCCAGCAGAGAGUGGAGAGAUUCCCAAGACUCUCACUCAGAUGUACACACACUUCCUGAUCCUUCAGACCAACAUCAAACAUGAGAAGGAAUAUGAAAAGAAAGUCAAAGAUGAAGACAUGAUUGUCAAACUGGGGAAACUGGCUUUCGAGCAGCUUGUGAAAGGCAACCUGAUCUUCUAUGAGGAAGACCUGCGAGAGUGUGGCAUUGAUGAGACAGAAGCAGCAGUGUACUCAGGAUUGUGCACUCAGAUCUUCAGAGAGGAGUUUGGCUUGAAUCAGGGUAAACAAGUAUUCUGCUUUGUUCAUCUGAGCAUCCAGGAACAUCUAGCAGCUGUAUAUGCACAUCUCUCCUUUACAAAGAACUACAUGAAUGUGUUUGACCAAACUGAACAAAGUGUGUUUUUUAAAUUUGUAAACUGGCUUAAAUAUCAUUCAUUAUCUGUUCUGCAUAAGAGAGCUGUGGAUGAAGCUUUACGAAGUAAAAAUGGACAUUUGGACCUUUUCUUGCGUUUUCUUCUGGGUCUUUCAUUGGAGUUCAAUCAGACUCUCUUUCGAGAACUAAUGACACAGACAGGAAGCUGCUCCUACAACAAAGAGGAAACAGUUGAGUUCAUCAAACAGAAGAUCAGGGAGAAUCACUCUCCAGAGAGAUCCAUCAAUCUCUUCCACUGUCUGAAUGAACUGGGAGAUGAUUCACUGAUGCAGGAGAUCCAGGAUUAUCUGAGAUCUGGACAAAUAGGAGAAACCAAACUCUCCUCUUCACAGUGGUCAGCUCUGGUUUAUGUGCUGCUGACAUCAGAGAAGAAGAUGGAUGAGUUUAAUCUGAAACA